UGCGGUCACAGUGGGCCCUCCUUCUGCACAGUUGGAACGAGAAAGAGGAGAUGCCAUGACUGCCACCCUCACAGCCCUGCUCUGUCUUGGGCUGAGUGUGGGCCCCAGGACCCAAGCACAGGCAGGGACCCGCCCCAAACCCACCAUCUGGGCUGAGCCGGGCUCUGUGAUGCCCUGGGGGACAUCUGUGACCAUCUGGUGUCAGGGGGACCUGGAGGCCGAGGAGUACUGCCUGAAUAAAGAGGGAGAGUCAAGGGUCUGGGACAGACAGAUGCCACUGGAGUCCAGGGACAAGGCCAAGUUCUCCAUCACACACAUGGCAGACAUAUAUGCAGGAAGAUACCGCUGUGACUAUCUCAGUCCCACUGGCUGGUCAGAGCCCAGUGACCCCCUGGAGCUGGUGGUGGUGACAGGAUCCCAGGGCAAACCCACCCUCUCAGCCCUGCCCAGCUCUGUUAUGACCUCAGGAGGGAACGUGACCCUCCAGUGUGCCUCAUGGAUGGGAUUCCACAGGUUCGUCCUGAUGAGGGAAGGAGAAGGUCAGCCCUCCUGGACCCUGGUCUCCCAGGCAGUCCCCCAUGGGGGGACCCAGGCCCUGUUCCCUGUGGGCCCCGUGACCCUCAGCCUCAGGUGGAAGUUCAGAUGCUACGGCUAUUACAGCAACACACCCCAGAUAUGGUCGGACCCCAGUGACCCCCUGGAGCUGCUGGUCUCAGGUGUGUCGGGGAAGCCCUCCCUCCUGACCCAGCAGGGCCCUGUCAUGACCUCUGGACAGAGACUGACCCUCCAGUGUCGCUCUGAUGUCAGCUACAACAGAUUUGCUCUGUCUAAGGAGGGGGCACCUGACCCUCCCCGGCAGCUUGGCCGGCAGACCCAGGCUGGACUCUCUGGGGCAGACUUCCCUCUGGGCCCUGUGAGACCCUCCCACGUGGGCCGGUACAUGUGCUAUGGUGGACACAACUUCUCCUCCGAGUGGUCGGCCCCCAGUGAACCCCUGGACAUCCUGCUCGCAGGACAGCUGCCCUACACACCCUCCCUCUCAGUGCAGCCGGGACCCACUGUGGCCCCAAGAGAGAAUGUGACCCUGCUGUGUCAGUCUCGGAGCUCUGUGGACACUUUCCUUCUGUCCAAGGAGGGGGCAGCCCAUCCCCCGCUGCGUCUUAGAUCACAGUACCGAGCUGGGCAGCACCAGGCUGAAUUCUCCAUGAGUCCUGUGACCUCAGCCCACGGGGGGACCUACAGGUGCUAUGGCUCUGCCAGCACCUCCCCCUACCUCUUGUCCCAGCCCAGUGACCCCCUGGAGCUCCUGGUCUCAGGACCCUCUAUGGAUCCCAGCUCCCCGACCACAGGGCCAGACUCAGCAGAUGGUCCCUACUGGUACCUGUACAUCCUUAUCACGGCCGUGGUGGCCUUCAUCCUGCUGCUCAGCCUUCUCGUCCUUCUCCUAGUUCGCCACCAGCGUCGGGUUAAAGGCAGGAAGCCGGGAGUUGCAGACCCGGAGCCCAAGGACAGAGGCCUGCAUGACAGCUCCAGCCCAGCCCCUGCCGCCCAGGAGGAGAGCCUCUACGCUGCCAUGCAAGACACUCAGCCUGAGGAGGGGGUGGAGCUGGACCAUCAGCAGAACACACAAGAUGAAGACCCCCAGGGAACAAUGUAUGCUCAGGUGAGCCAGUCAAGAUCAAGACUCAGGUGGGGACUGGCCACUUCUCCUUCCCCCAUGUCGGAGGGAUUUUUGGACUCAGAGGACAGACAAGCAGAGGAAGACAGGCAGACGUACUGUCAGGUUAUUGCAUCUGACACUCCCCAGGAUGUGACCUACGCCCAGCUGAACUGCUUGACCCUCAGACAGGAGACAAGUGCAUCCCCUCCUUUCCAAUCAGGGAAGCCCCCAGCAGAGUCCAGCGUGUAUGCUGCUUUGGCCAUCCAGUAGCCCAGGAGGGGCCCAGACCGCACACUGCAGGGAGGGAGGGACCACAGGGACCCUGGAAGGCACAGGAGCUGCCCAUAGUGGGUGUCACCUAAUGACAACCCUAGCCAGCCUGGACUCUUCACAUGGACCAGUAAGAACUCCUGGGACCUUCUGGGAGUCACUGAUUCUGCCAUCAAAGAUAGUAAUACCCCUACACUUUGGAAAUCAAAGCAACAGACUUCCCAAUUACCCAUGAAUGAAAUGAGAAAAUCCUAAUGGAAAUGAGAGAAUGUUUACACUGAAGGACAGUGUAAAUGUUACACAUCAAAUCUAUGAAAUUGGAAAAUAAGAACCAAGAACCAAUCUAUUAGAACAGAAAAAGCCUAAAAUAAUUAAUGACAGAACCUAUUCUAUUGAGAAUUUGGAAAAAGAAUAGCAAGUUAUUCAAACAAAAGUAAAGACAAGACCUGACUAGAAAUGAGGACAAAUUUAAAAAUAGAGAAAAAUCAAUGAAGCUGAAAGUGUUCCAUUUUGUAAGCAAUGGUCACAUUUAUAAAUCCUAGCCACAAAACCAAGAAAAGAGAGAGAGAGAGGGAGGAGGUACACAUCACUAUUAUGAGGAUGGCAUCCCAUACUACAGACUUUAAAUUUAGAAUGGAACAUUAUUAACUUUUAUGCUGAUAUAUGAGACAAUGUAGAUGAAAUGGAUAAAAUUCUUAAAAUAGAAGCUAUUAAAUUGAUGAAAAGUA